AUGAAUAAUUAUCAUUAUCUUUUGAAAUUCAUUAUCAUUGGUGAUACAUGUAAAUCCAAAUGUAUAAUAUUUUAAAGGUGUUGGUAAAAGUUGUCUGCUUCUUUAAUUUACUGAUUCGAGAUUCAGAAAUGAACAUGAUGCAACAAUUGGUGUCGAAUUUGGAUCAAGGAACAUAAAAAUAAACGAUAAAAAUAUUAAAAUGUAGGUUUGGGAUACUGCUGGUUAGGAAGCAUUUAAAUCAAUAACAAGAUCAUAUUAUAGAGGGUUUUGAAUUAUAUCUAAACUAGAUCAAUUGGUGGUAUUUUAGUAUUUGAUGUGACUUCAAGAUAAUCGUUUGAGAAUGUUGCAAAAUGGAAUUAAGAGAUAUAGGGAUAUGCUUGUGAUAAAAUAGAAAUGACAUUAGUUGCAAAUAAAAUAGAUUUAGAUGAAAAGUAUUAUAUUAUUAAUAUACAUAUAAGACGGGAAGUUCAUACUGAUGAAGGAUUAGCAUUUGCUAAAAAACAUGGAUUUACAUAUUUUGAGACUUCAGCAAAAACAGGAGAAAAUGUGAACAAUGUAUUUGAAAGUAUGGCUUAAACAAUAAUGAAAAGGAUUGAUACUGGAGAAAUUGAUCCAUCUUAAGAAGUUUAAAUCAUUCAUUUAAUAAUUAUAGAUAUAUGGAAUUAAGUAGGGUCCUGGAAAUACAGAGUAGCCAAAAAAAUAAGCAGCAUCAUAAGAUUCUCAAAAUCCUAAACCUUUAAUUGGCAAUACUACACCUUCAAGUUAUAAAACAGAAGGGAAAAAGAAUGAGGGCUGUUGUUGAUUGUUAUGCA